AAACUCAAACGUUACGACAGCGGUUUGACUUUACGACGCAUUACCUGUCAGCCAGCCAAUAACGGGGCUCGGAAUUCCCAACUAGUUAGUUGCUUGUGGAUUUUAACUUGGCCUCAAAACAUUGUUUGGUGCAUGUAACUUGAUAUCAAGGCCGCGGAGGUUGGAAUAAAGUCGUGCUCACGAAGUAGAUUUUUUUUGGGGGGUCGGCGGGGGGGGGGGGGGGUGUCGGUGUUGCCACAUCGCUGGAACACACGAUGUGGAAAAUGCGCAUCAUGCUCCUCGCUGCGCUGCAAAUUCUCAGCGCCGUGUUGGUGACGGCUUUACCUCCACGAUGUGACACGCAGAUUCGAGGUCACUGCAAGCCAAUCGUGGAAGAAAAACCAAAAUGCGAGGAGAUGCAGCUGUCGUACUGCGACAACAUGGCAUACACACACACGCUGUACCCCAACAUCCUGGGCCACAGCAGCCGUCUGGAGGCUGAGAGCGGCGUGGAGUACCUCCUCCUGAGCGUGCUGGACACGCUGCUUGGCAGCGAGUGCCACCAGGAGGCACGCAUGCUCGGCUGCGCCGUGCUGGCGCCACGCUGUGAGGCCGACAAGGUGUUGAAGCCAUGCCGGCGCGUCUGCGAGGCCACACGCAAGCGCUGCAUCCACGCCUUCGAGGCCAUCCAGAUGGCCUGGCCUUACUUCCUGGACUGCGAUCGCUUCUUUGUGGCUGAGGAGGAAGGAUGCUAUGACCCACUCCACGACCUCAACGCGCAAUCGGACGUUGACGACGACUACAUGUUCUUGGACGUCCCACCGGUGGAACCCGCGCUGAAAAUUAAAUAUACGUAUCACUCCAACGCUCAGCUGAACAGCAUCUUGAAGCGCACGGAAGAAGAAUGCGCUGACAUCGCCAGAACCUACAGCAUCGGCCGCAGCACAGAGGGCAAGGAGCUGCUGGUCAUCGAGUUCUCCGACAGCCCCGGACAACACGAGUUGCUGGAGCCGGAGAUGAAGUUCGUCGCCAACAUGCACGGGGAUGAAGUGGUGGGUCGCCAGAUGCUGAUCUACCUGGCGCAGUACCUGUGCUCCGAGUACCGCCUUGGCAACGAGCGCAUCCGCACCCUGGUCAACACCACACGCAUUCACAUCCUGCCCUCCAUGAACCCCGACGGUUUCGAGGUGGCCCUUUCCAACCAACACGACAGGAACAGCGGCGCAGACGUUGACGAUGAAGAAAUGGGUCGCAGCUAUAGUUCAACCAAUGUGGGCAGGAACAACGCCCAAAACAUCGACCUAAACAAAAACUUUCCCGAUUUGACUUCCAUCGUUUACAACCGCCGCCGCCAAAAAGGCUAUCGCACCGAUCACAUCCCGAUUCCUGACUAUUACUGGUUUGGCAAGGUGGCGCCCGAGACGUACGCCGUGAUGAAAUGGAUCCGCUCCAUCCCGUUUGUGCUCUCUGCUAACUUCCACGGAGGUGAUCUGGUGGUGUCCUACCCGUACGAUCGUUCCAAGCACCCGCUGGAUCUGAAUCUGUUCUCCCCCACGCCGGAUGACAAGGUAUUUAAGUUUCUGUCCAGAAGCUACGCCAGCACGCAUGAAAGUAUGUACACCGGGAACGCUCGCUGUGGCACAGCUUACUCUCACAGUCACAGAGGAACGGUGAACGGAGCACAGUGGGCCAGCAGCGCAGGAGGCAUGCAAGAUUUCAACUACCUCCACACCAACUGCUUCGAGGUGACCGUGGAGUUGGGGUGCGAGAAAUUUCCACCUGACGAGGAUUUGUUUAUCAACUGGCAUGAAAACCAGGAGGCGAUGUUGUCGUUUAUAGAGGCAGUCCAUCGUGGUAUCAAAGGCAUUGUAAGAGAUGCAGAGGGAAACGGAAUUAAAGGUGCAAGGGUGUCGGUGAGAGGAAUACGCCAUGACAUCAUCACAGCUGAAAACGGAGAAUACUGGCGCCUCCUGAGCCCGGGCAUUCACAUUGUGUCGGCCACUGCGCCCGGUUACAGUCGAGCGUCCAAGAAAAUCCACCUGCCUGCCAUGAUGCACUCCGCCGGACGGGUUGACUUUUUCCUGGAGAAGGUGGUGCUGGAGCCCGAGGAGCUGGAGGAGGAGGAGGCGGCAGUCGCCGCCUACCAACGCUUUGACCCCAACAACCAGUACGAACGCUACACCCAGAUAACGGAUGUGAGUGAAGGCCGCACGGCGAGAGCGGAGAAACCCUGGUGGUGGAACUACUUUGUCCUACCGGGGGUGCCGUCACCCACUUGGCUGCUCAUGAACCAGUAGCUCACAUUCUCUUGUUUAACGCUUUGCUGUCUUGAAUUGCCUGAUUACAUUUGUGCACCAUUCAGCCACUUGUACAGCCGACCCUCAUUUAUUGCAGCUUCUAGAGUCUGCACCACUGGUCAAAAUCGUAGAUAUGUAGCGGGCGAUAUAUAUAUAUAUAUAUAUAUAUGGGGGGGGGUACUUUUUUGUAAUUUUACACAUCUCAUGUGCUUUAAAUGCAUGGAUUCCUUUUAAAACUCACAUACACUUAUUAAAAUACAUUUUUUAAAGUAUCAACAAGGGCCUGUUCUCACUUUCUCGCUGUCAAGAAAGGGGACUACUGUACUGUAUAACAGCACUUGAAGGAAAAUGAAAAGACUCUCUAGCUCACACAAUUCUUCAAAAUAAGAAGAAAUACAAGAGAAUGAAGCUCUCUAUUUCACCAGGGGCUAACAGAAAUAAGCAUUGAUCACAUGUGUCAACUUCAUCAUAUUACAGAUUCAAAGUUGUGUUGUUGUGUUUAUUUGUGAAAAAAGAAAAACAGCAAGCAAAUAUUUAUAGUGCCACGUUUGUCUUUGAUUUGAUAACAGAAACUAUAUCAAUGCCAUGUUUUCCCAAAGAAAGGAUUCCUUUGGUUGACUGCAACGUAAUGACAUCAUUUCUGUUGAGUGUUGAGUGCAAGUUGAAGCAAUACAGUGUUGUUUUCCAACCAGGACACAACAUGA